CAGUGCAUUGUGGGAUGUGGGCUGCUGGUGAAGUCAAGAUGGCAGAGAAUCUCAGGCAGGGUAAGAACCCUGCAGUAAGAAGGCCGUGAAUAAAGUUCCUAUGAGGAAAUCCUUCGUCGCUGCCCAUUCACACGCUCACCAUCGUGCCGCUGGAGUCGCUAUCCACCUGUGACAGACUUGUAUACCUUCACUGACUGCAGAAGGAUCCCAAACAACUGCGGAUAAAGUCUCGUAUGAAUUCCGACGAGAAGGAGGACUGUGAGUGUGCGCCACCACAGGCCGAGACCAGCCCCGCAGGAGGAUACGAUAGAGAAUACGAGGAGCCUGAAAUAGAAAACCCAGAAGCAAGCCGAAUGAAGCGAGCAGCUGCCAAACAUCUUAUAGAGCGCUAUUACCACCAGUUAACGGAGGGCUGUGGGAAUGAGUCAUGCUCCAACUCAUGGUGUGCCUCGUCGGUUGGAUUCAGCCGCAUGGAUAACAACACAGCGGCAGUCAAGGCCCUGGAGCUCUACAAAGUCAACGCAAAGCUAUGCGACCCCCACCCCUCGAAGAAAGGCACGGCAUCGACCUACCUGGAGAGUGCUCACAGCAACUCAGCCUGCAGCAACAGGAAGAUGAAUGACAAAGAUGUCCACUCUGUAAGGGACAACUUCAAAGAUGUAAAUUAUCUGACAGAGGAGAAAGUGUAUGAGAUCCUGGACAUCUGUGGAGAGAAGGAGGACUAUUCACCUCUCAUCAGAGUAAUAGGUCGAGUGUUCUCAAGUGCUGAGGGCCUGGUGCAGAGCUUUCGCAGGUCUAAACCUCACACCAAAGAGGAGCUUAAGUCCCUCCAAGGUAAGGAUGAGGACAAGGACGAGGAUGAAAAGGAAGCUGCUGCUUGUUCUGCCGUAGCUAUGGAGGAUGACUCCCCCGCUGCCUCCUCAUCAAGGAUCGGUGAAGGUCCCUCAGGGGAAAACGACGUCCAAAAGCUGGCGCCAGAUGAAGUAUCAGUAGACAUCGAAGCUGUGCGCCGCAUAUAUGAACGCCUGCUGUCCAAUGAUAAGAUCGAAGCAGCCUUCCUGAAUGCACUGGUCUACCUCUCACCAAACAUAGAGUGUGACCUGACAUACCACAACGUGUAUUCACGAGACCCAAACUACCUGAACCUGUUUGUUAUAGUGAUGGAAAACAGCAACCUGCACAGCCCAGAAUACCUGGAGAUCGCACUCCCACAGUUCUGCAAGGCCAUGAGCAAACUCCCACUGGCAGCUCAGGCCAAACUGGCCCGCUUGUGGUCCCACUACAGUGCUGAGCAGAUCCGGCGCAUGGUGGAGACCUUCCAGCAACUUAUCACCUACAAGGUGAUCUUUAUGGAGUUUAACAGCCGCAACCUGGUCAACGAUGAUGAUGCAGUGGUGGGGGCCACCAAAUGCUUGAAGAUCGUCUACUAUGCAAAUGUGCUGGGUGGCGACCUCGACAUGGAGCACAAUGAGGAAGAGGACGAGGAGCCCAUACCAGAGUCCAGUGAGCUCACUCUACAGGAGCUGCUGGGCGAAGAGCGGCGGAACAAAAAGGGCCCACGGGUGGACCCGCUGGAGACGGAGUUGGGGAUCCGCACCAACGAUUGCCGGCGGCCGCUUAUUCCCUUUGAGGAGUUUGUCAAUGAGCCUUUGAAUGAUGUGCUGGAGAUGGACAAGGACUACACUUUCUUUAAGGUUGAAACUGAAAACAAGUUCUCCUUUAUGACCUGCCCCUUCAUCCUUAACGCAGUCACCAAGAACCUUGGUCUAUACUAUGAUAACCGCAUCCGCAUGUACAGUGAGCGCCGUAUUACUGUGCUUUACAGUUUGGUACAGGGUCAGCAGCUCAACCCCUACCUGCGGCUCAAAGUGCGCAGAGACCACAUCAUUGAUGAUGCUCUGGUCAGGCUGGAAAUGAUAGCAAUGGAAAAUCCUGCAGACUUGAAGAAGCAGCUGUAUGUGGAGUUUGAAGGAGAGCAAGGUGUUGAUGAAGGAGGGGUUUCCAAAGAAUUUUUUCAGCUCGUGGUGGAGGAAAUCUUCAACCCAGAUAUUGGCAUGUUCACAUACGAUGAGCGCACCAAAUUGUUUUGGUUCAACCCGUCAUCUUUUGAAAAUGACGGCCAGUACACUCUGAUUGGCAUUGUUCUUGGUCUGGCCAUUUACAACAACUGUAUCCUGGAUGUCCACUUUCCAAUGGUGGUCUACAGGAAGCUCAUGGGCAAGAAAGGAACUUUCAGGGACCUUGCUGAUGCCAACCCGGUUCUGUACCAGAGUCUGAAGGAGCUGCUGGAGUACGAGGGCAGCGUAGAGGAGGACAUGAUGAUCACUUUCCAGAUUUCCCAGACAGACUUGUUUGGGAACCCACUCAUGUAUGAUUUAAGGGAAAAUGGAGACAAGAUUCCAGUCACAAAUGAAAAUAGAAAGGACUUUGUGGCUCAGUAUGCUGAAUACAUGCUGAAUAAAAGUGUGGAGAAGCAGUUCAAAGCAUUCAGGAGAGGCUUCCACAUGGUCACCAACGAGUCUCCGCUCAAAUACCUGUUUAGACCUGAAGAAAUCGAGCUGCUCAUCUGUGGAAGCAGGAACCUGGACUUCCUAGCACUUGAAGAAACAACAGAAUAUGAUGGCGGUUACAACAGACAUUCUCGAAUCAUCAAGGAGUUUUGGGAGACAUUACAUUCGUUUGGUGAGGAGCAGAAGUGUCUCUUCCUGCAGUUCACCACUGGCACUGACAGAGCACCUGUGGGUGGACUGGGCAAGCUGAAGAUGAUCAUUGCCAAGAACGGACCUGACACAGACAGGUUACCGACGUCUCACACUUGCUUUAACGUACUACUGCUGCCUGAGUACAGCACCAAGGAGAAGCUGCGAGAGAGACUGCUGAAAGCCAUCACCUAUGCCAAAGGGUUUGGCAUGCUCUGAGCCCCUGCUCUAAACACUCGGCAAAGGGACUCGCUCUCAGAAAGCCCAUGAAACCCUGCCCCCGCCCCUUUCCCGUAUCAGACACAAUCGAAAACGGUGGCAAAAGACAGACAAGAGUAUGUUUGGAGGAAAAGCAAGUCAGUUAUGUGAAAGAGAAGACAUGGUUCCAAUAGAGCGCUCUAGUAGUUUCUUCUACUGUGCCUGCAUCAUCCUUUAUCAGUCAGUGUAAGCACAGAGACCUCCUGAUCUAAGUACCCACAUCCACAUCAUGUGAAUGUGCUGCAGUCUCCCCUUUUUUUUCUAUGUACAGAGAGGAUCAUUUUUCUUAUUAUUUAUUUAAAGGCUAAAAUGGGUGAUUUUUUUUUUAAUGCCUUCCUAUUCCUCCCCAGUCAUGGAAAGGGAGAGGGUUAAAUAUUAAACUUUGUAAAUUUAGGACGUUGCAUUAUCAAGUCAAUAUAAACCUCAUUUAUUGAACAAGAACGUGUUAGUGUAGCCCUGAACUCAGCGGAGGAAUUGUAGUUGUAGAGAACCCUUGAAUACAGAAUAUUGUAUUCCCCACAGAAAAAAGGAGCUCUAGCUAAGGCUGUCACGGUAUUGAUUUUUUUCCCUCACUGCACAAAUUUGUCAAAGCAUUCAUACCGCCGUAUUUAACCAUUGUGCAUAAAACAGUUGCACUGUUGCUUGUUUUCCCAGCUAUGUGCAGCGUAAAUGGCCAUUAACUCACACAGAUACAAAAUAAAACCCCGGGAGGAAAAUGAGUUUGACUCUCCAGUUGGGGGCGUGACCAGAUGACAUGCAAUUACAGCGACAGCCUUAGUUCUAGCUGACCAUUCCACUUACGAUCAUCACUUAAUGUUUCUACCAUGUCCAAGGUAAGCAAAUAGAAAAUUCAUGUCAUUUGAUUCAAAAUGGCACAUUUUUCUGUUUUUGUUUUGGGCCUUUAAUUAUUUUUUUUUCUUUUGGGGAGGGGGGGAGCGGACACCGCACGUUAGACUAAAAAACUUUGUCAGAGCUGUGUAAGUGCACUUAGACAUUUUCUGAAUGUUUGUUUUUUUGGCCACAGUUCGCCAUUGAUUGUCUGAAGCGUUUUAUUUCCAUGUCUUCCUGUGUUGACGAUUCUAAAUAAAAACAGUAUUUAUAUAUCAGUGCGGUUGUAGCUAUGCUAGCGUUUCAUGCAUUGUUCGGGGAGGAUGUAAACCAGUCACUGAUGAUGUUGUGUCUUGUGCCAACCUUUACAUUCAGUUGAUGGGUUAAACAUCACUCACACUGCACUUGCGUGUACACAUUGCUUUAUUGCUUGUUGGUGGGCGUGCCAACUUUGUAGCAAUUGUUGCUAAAGCGAUGGCUGCGUCAACGUGGUGUCUGUCUUUUUUUUUAACGGCGCUCUGCUCAACAAAACACCCAACAAAAACGCUCAAUGAGGAGAAAAUCUGGGUCCGCGAACUCUAUUUGAUCAACGUGAUUUGAUUAGCUAACACCUGUUUUGGAAUAUUUGCAUAACGUGAUUUGAUUGGGCGCAACGCAUCCACAAUGCAUCCUCCAUCCUAAGUCGAAGCCUCCAUCGCGUGCGCAUGAGUGCAGUGUAUGAACUUUGUGUAUGUUUCUGUCUUAGUCUUCUAUGAAUAGACGGCUCACGUUGAAGCCUCUGUUCAGAUUAUCAGAAAGAUAUACACACACACGGUGUGUUCACGCCACAUGCGCGUCUUUAGUAGCUGGGUCUUUUUUUGCGUUUUUGUGGUACUGAUGCCAGAGCUAACCAACAACCGUGUGACCACGCCUUGAAUCAAGUGACACACACAUAUUUUCAGAACCUACCAGUUUUAUCCAACUUCCUCGCUCACAUUUUGCCCCGCCUUCUCAUUCCUCACGCAGUUUCACAUACAGCAACCGUCCUCCAUUUUGCAACCUUGCAUCACGCACACUUUUCGCUCAUGUUGAAAUAAUUCAACUCAACUGGGCUUCAGCAAAAAUCCCAAAAUUUGCUCGAUUCAUGUCGGAUGACACGCUAGUAGCUUCUUGAGUCAAACACCAAUGCCAUGUUUCUAUGUUAGCAGCUACCAGUGUUUGACACAUGGGUGCCCUCCAUGUUUCUCCAACUCCUUGGGUUCAGAUUCUAGGACAAUCAGGAGAUCAAAUGAACACCAUAGACAAACAUCAACAAAACCCUCUUUUGGACUCAGCUAAACUUCAUGAUACGCUUGAAAACAAGCCAGAAGAUGUGGUUGACAGCUCCUAAAAAUUGAGUUAAGAUUUUUUUAUCAAGAACUUAAAUCGUUUAAAAUGUUACUUGGGUAUAAAGUUGUAAUAUGAGUGUGCGUGACCUCCAAGCUGUGUGUGAUUUGUCCUGGUGAUGUGAAUGCAAGACUCUGAUAUUCGGGACUCUGCUCAGCCCGUGGGCAUGAUGGCGCCCACAGCUCACCACUGCAGUACACGGCAAAUCUGAGCCAUUUCUUUUGUGUUCCAAUGCUUUUAUUUCUUUAUCAUCAUGGUUUCAACUAGAUCUGGGCGAAAUUAUGUUGGUGAUGAUCUUUUGCUGCUUGUUCUCGCCUGGAGAAAGUGGACAAACACUGGACUGUGUUGCAGAGUCACCACAGCACUGUAGUAAAUGUACAUUUGUGUGAUCAACAACUCAAGUAAACCUCAGUCCUGUGCACGUUUAAAACAGGCUUAAGGAUUGUUUACAACUUUUAUUGAGCCCAGAUCUGGUUUUCAGCUUUUCCAACAUUUAUUUGUACCCCCAUUUUGUUCUGCUGAAGAUGCUGCUCACCUGGACUGUGGAACCUUGUCAAAGGUCUACCUGAUCUUGGAAAGAAAAGUGAUUUCAUGAACUUGUUUUACUCAACGGUCACAUUCGAGAAGAGAGGCUAAAAGUACUUAGUGUUGUUGAAACAUGCUAAAUAAAGAUGACUGCUUUUUUCAACCUG